GUGGAGCGCUCGGUGCGUUUCUCUCGCUGCCCGUUUCAAACCCAUAUUCCACUGGGAAAGAGAGAGAGGGUGAGAGAGGGAGCGAGUGUGAGAGAGAGAGAGAGCUGGACCUGGGAGAAGAGCAACGAGAGAAGAAGAGGAGAGAAAAACGGAACGACGACGCAAAUGGCACUCAUGGCAGGGAUUUUGUUCACGGCCACCUUUCUUAUUUCUGGGAUUUCUACAUUUGUUUCUUCGGCACGGAUAUACCCCCCGAAUGAAGUCACGAUAUUGGACUCCAGAGCUGUACAGGGAGAGCUGGGAUGGGUUGCUAACCCGACAGAAGGAGGGUGGGAGGAAGUGAGUAUUAUGGAUGAAAAGAACAUCCCCAUCCGGACAUACCAGGUGUGUAAUGUCAUGGAGCCAAAUCAGAACAACUGGCUCCGCAGUGACUGGAUCCCCCGCGGAGGUGCCCAGCGUGUCUACAUUGAGAUCAAGUUCACCCUCCGAGACUGCAACAGCCUCCCGGGGGUCAUGGGAACCUGCAAGGAAACCUUCAAUCUUUACUACUACGAGUCCAACAAUGACAAAGAGCGCUACAUCCGCGAGAACCAGUUCGGCAAGAUAGACACCAUCGCGGCGGACGAGAGCUUCACUCAGGUGGACAUCGGCGACCGCAUCAUGAAGCUGAACACCGAGGUCAGGGACGUGGGCGCCCUGACCCGGAAGGGUUUCUAUUUGGCCUUCCAGGAUGUUGGAGCGUGCAUUGCGCUCGUUUCUGUCAGAGUCUUCUACAAGAAAUGUCCUUUGGCUGUGCGUAACUUGGCCCAGUUUCCUGAUACCAUCACUGGGGCCGAUACGUCCUCGCUUGUGGAAGUGCGUGGCUCGUGCGUGGAUAAUUCAGAGGAGAAAGAGGUUCCCAAGAUGUAUUGCGGGGCCGACGGAGAGUGGUUGGUGCCCAUUGGAAACUGCCUGUGCAACCCCGGAUAUGAGGAGCGCAAUGCCGAAUGCCAAGCCUGCAAGAUUGGUUACUACCGAGCUCUGGCCACCGAUGGCUCUUGUUCCAAGUGUCCACUCCACAGUUACUCCGUCAGGGAGGGCUCCACCUCCUGCGUCUGUGACAAGGGAUACUUCCGCUCUGAAACUGACCCGGCAUCCAUGCCCUGCACACGCCCUCCCUCUGCGCCUGUCCACCUCAUCUCCAACGUGAACGAGACCUCUGUGAACCUGGAGUGGAGCCCGCCGCGCAGCUCAGGAGGGCGCCAGGAUUUGACAUACAACGUGGUGUGCAAACGCUGCGGGCCGGACGGCCGGCGCUGUCAGCCCUGCGGCAACGGCAUCCACUUCAGCCCCCAGCAGCUGAGCCUGAAGGGAACCAGGGUGUCCAUCAACGAGCUGCAGGCCCACACCAACUACACCUUCGAGGUGUGGGCGGUGAACGGAGUCUCGCCUCAGAGCCCGGGGCCGGAGCAGGCCGUGUCAGUGACCGUCACCACCAACCAGGCUGCUCCCUCUCCAGUGACUUCCAUCCAGGCAAAGGAUAUCACAAGACACACCAUCUCGCUGGCCUGGCAGCCACCAGACAGGGCCAAUGGAGUCAUACUGGAGUAUGAGGUCAAGUACUAUGAGAAGGACCAGAAUGAAAGAAGCUACCGGAUCAUAAAAACCUCAUCGAGGAACACCGACAUCAAGGGCCUCACCCCUCUCACCUCUUACGUGUUCCAUGUGCGCGCUCGCACGGCGGCCGGAUAUGGAGAAUUCAGUGGCCCGUUUGAGUUCAUGACCAACUCUGUCCCAGCUCCCAUUAUCGGUGAUGGGGCCAACUCCACGGUGCUGCUGGUGUCUGUGGUGGGCAGCGUGGUCCUCCUCAUCAUCCUCAUCAGCGCUUUCGUCAUCAGCCGAAGAAGGAGUAAGUACAGCAAGGCCAAGCAGGACUCUGACGAAGAGAAGCACUUACAUCAAGGAGUGAGAAUAUACGUUGACCCGUUUACGUACGAGGACCCCAACCAGGCUGUCCGUGAGUUCGCCAAAGAGAUUGAUGCCUCCUGCAUCAAGAUUGAGAAAGUUAUUGGCAUUGGGGAGUUCGGAGAGGUGUGCAGCGGCCGCCUGAAGAUGCCGGGCAAGAGGGAGAUCUGCGUGGCCAUCAAGACGCUGAAGGCCGGCUACACGGACAAGCAGAGGAGGGACUUCCUGUCCGAGGCCAGCAUCAUGGGCCAGUUCGACCACCCCAACAUCAUUCACCUGGAGGGCGUGGUGACCAAAUGUAAGCCAGUGAUGAUUAUCACGGAGUACAUGGAGAACGGAUCGCUGGAUGCAUUCCUGAGGAAGAAUGACGGACGCUUCACGGUCAUCCAGCUGGUCGGCAUCCUGCGCGGCAUUGCUUCUGGCAUGAAGUACCUGUCGGACAUGAGCUACGUUCACCGUGACCUGGCCGCUCGCAACAUUUUGGUCAAUAGCAACCUGGUGUGCAAGGUGUCUGACUUCGGCAUGUCCCGAGUGCUGGAGGACGACCCCGAGGCUGCGUACACCACCAGGGGAGGGAAGAUCCCCAUCCGCUGGACGGCCCCAGAGGCCAUAGCUUAUAGGAAGUUCACCUCGGCCAGCGACGUGUGGAGCUACGGCAUCGUCAUGUGGGAGGUGAUGUCAUAUGGCGAGCGACCAUACUGGGACAUGAGUAACCAAGACGUGAUCAAGGCCAUUGACGAGGGCUACCGGCUGCCCCCGCCCAUGGACUGCCCCGUGGCGCUGCACCAGCUCAUGCUGGACUGCUGGCAGAGAGAGAGAGCUGACCGGCCAAAGUUUGGACAGAUCGUCAACAUGCUGGACAAGCUGAUCCGCAACCCCAACACCCUGAAAAGGACCGGGGGAGAGACCGCAGUCAGACCUAACACCACCCUGCUCGAGCCAGGGAGCCCCGAGGCGUCCUCAGCGGUGGGCACAGUGGAGGACUGGCUGCAGGCCAUCGGCAUGGAGAGAUACAGCGACAACUUUACCGCUGCCGGCUACACCACUCCAGAGGCUGUCGUCCACAUGACACAAGAGGACAUGGCACGCAUAGGCAUCUCCUCGGCAGCGCACCAGAACAAGAUCCUGACCAGCGUCCAGGGAAUGCUGUCCCAAAUGCAACAGAUGCAAGGCAGAAUGGUUCCCGUCUGAGAGAUUGAAACAAAUAGAAAAGGAAGCAAAACGACUUUGUUUCUUAUGAAAAAAAAUACAUAAAUAACAAAAAAGAUUAAGUAUAAAAAAAGAGACAAAUAAACUAUGAAGAUAUAGUUUACCUCAUCCAUGCACUUUAAAUUGGAUCUUAAUGAAAAGACGACGUUGAUGAAGAAGAAAAAAAAGUGGUGAAAAUGGCACUUUUUUUCAAAAAUUAGACCUAUACCUUGCCCUUUUUUUUUGUUGUUUUGGAGAACGGGACGCUUCUGUCUGCGGCAUUUAUGGAUAGAUGGAGGGACGACUGGAAAAGUGCUUCCGAGAGGCCAAUCUGGAGUGCCUUCAAUGGUCUGGAAAGAAAAGUGAGAGAGGUGGAGGGUGGGGGGUGAUCGUACCUUUCUUCCUCCUUUUUUUGGGUGUUGUUUCUGGAACUUUCUUCGUGGAAUAAUCCGUGGAGCAGAUUUUUUUGAUUUCCUGUGACUGUGUUUAUUAUACAUGAAUUGUUUCUGCGGGACUCACAGGCUGCCCCGGCCACCAUUGUUCUCUCUCUCUCUCAGCUGGUUAUGUUUGAUAUAUCUCAGACAAAAUGGAGGAUCCUAACCGUCAGACAUGAAAUCUCUGAGAGGUCAAGGGUUGGAUCCUCGGGGGGAGGUGGCGGUGCAGGGAGGGCUUAUUUUAAGGAGCUUUUGUGUUUUUUCGCUCCGUUCUGGCCUUGUUUUUUUCCCAGAACACUGUAGUUUGUUGCCCUCAGGACGUUGCUGAGAAUGUCUUUGAUCUUCCAGAGGAGCCUUCCCACUCCCCUGUCUUCCCAAAAAAUGCCCUCCUACACCUUCGAUAAACACACUCUUCCAUUCAUCUCCCCAUUCGGACUCAAAAGCUCCCGCCCCCUCGAUACUGCAGGAGCAACCGACUCUUCCUCUACUGCUUCUGAUGGACACCUGUUGGACCAGCUGAACUGGCUCAUUAAACAGGACGCGCGAUGAAGGAAUUUAUUGGCGACAUUUUAAAUCGGACAAAAGAGCAAUAUGGAUACAAAAUUAAUCGCAGCCAUCUGCAUCAUCAUUGCCAAGACAAUAAACAAUACGGGGAUUAUUCAUGCCAUCAUCAAGCUGCUGCCGUCCAUCACGAGCAGGACCCCGGCCUCGUUCGCCGCGGCCAGAAUUCUUCCCACUCUUCCUCUUUUUGUCUUCCUCCUCUUGCUUUACCCCUCCUCAGAGAUGACAAGUCCGUCCUCAAGCGCCUGGGACGUCCGCCGCCAGCUGACAGACUAGCCUCCCCGCGCUUGUGGCCCUUCUAGCAACGGCGCUGGGAUCACCAUGAAUGAUUUAACAGCAUAAAUAAGAGACAAUAAGAAGAAUGUAAUAUAAUCGAGAAGCCCUGCUCCAGUGGAUAAUGUACUUUAUUUUAUUUUUAUUUUUUUUCUGAAGGUUUCAUUUUAUUUGUCAGUUUUUUUUUUCCAUUUUGUUCUGUUUGCAUGUAAAGUAAAAGGGGUUUGAUGUGAGCGUGCGAAUGAAAUGAUGUGUGCAAGUGUGUGUGUGUGCGCGUGUGUGUGUCUAGCUCUAUGAGUGACAACGUCUUUGAAGUACUAUCAGUAAUUGUGUCUGUUUUCAUGCCACUGUGGAGGAGGACAUAACAGAGUUGUAUAGUUUUUGAUAUAUAAAAAAAAGGAAAAAACCCUGGAUUUUCUUUUUAUUUUAUUUUAUUUUAUUUUAUUUGCUUUUUGUGUCGUCUAAAAAGAAAAAAAAAAUGCGCGAGGUGUGUUGCUCGUUCAAACUCUACUCGGCAACAGCAUUUAUUAAACAAGCUUUCUGGAAUGCAAUCCAUUGCUGCUUUGGCAGUUGCUCCGGCUUGCAGACGGACACACAUGGACGCGGCUGAGUGUGACUAAAAGUCUUGUGUGCGUAAAAAAAAAACGCGUGAAAAGCAAACUGAGGCUUGGACUCUCCGAGCUCGCGACGAGUCAAGGCGAAUAUUUUGGAACUGUCUUUCUCGAAAUGAAGGUGGGGGCAGUUUGAAAUGACACACCUGUACACUGCACAGGAUCAGAGAAGUGAGAGAAGAGUGUCUAAGAAGGGAACAGCUGUUGGUUCUUUUUACUUUUUUUCCCCAGAGCACAUCAUACAGCUACAGGUUUAACCCAAUGGACUAUAUAGUCCUUUUGUUCCUUUAUCUCUUUAAACUAUACUUAUGUGAAUGUUUUCCAGCUCAUAAGUGACGCUUCAUAGAAUACAAAAAACACCUCCGUCCUUAAUACAACUGUACUGCUCUGUCCUUUUUUUUGGCAAUGCAUUGGUUUAUUUUAUUUUUGGUUGUCUACCUAUUGAAAAAGGACCUGUUUGGAAAUAUGCAAGACAUGUUGGGAAGGAGAAGAACACCAGAAUGUACUGUAAAAUACUUUUUUCCUUUACUUAAAUGUUGGAUGAUUUGGAAAACAAAAAAAGAAAAAAAAGUAACAAAACGCAAGAGUUAAUGUUCGUCAUUGUAUGCCUUCUGAUGCCAUAUGAUCUAGCCAUGUAGAUCUAACAUUCUUCAAUCUUUUUGGGGUUUUUUGUACUUUUUUUCGGACAUGAUCAUGAUUUUUGUUGUUUUUUUGUUUUUGUUUUUGUCAAGGAGCCCUAGGUACAUGUAACUUAUGUCAUUUAUUUAUGUCCUUUUAUAUCUAGUUUGUAAAAUAAUAGCCUAAAGUGAAGAAAAUAAAGGGGUGCCAAAGUGCAUUCUUAUUAAAGUAGAAACUACA